AUGUCGGCCAAGCUCUACGUCCUCAUCAGUUGGCCCGACGGCAGCCGGGUGAUCAACAUCGAGAACAUCAAGGAGCCCCGUAAGCCCUUCCACCUCUAUGCGGUGGGCGAGCAGGUGCUGGCUCGCUGUCCCGGCUUCAGUGGGCUCUACUGGGGGAUGGUGGAAGGCAUAAGUGAGCAUAAAGAUGUUUUAGAGAAGAAGCUGCUGGAAGAUAGACAACUCCUGGAGAAGUUAAAAGAAGAACCGGCCGUCCACAGCUUGAUGCCACCCCAGCCAAAAAAAUCCAGGAAAACCUUCCCAAAGUGGACCCCGGGGAAUGCAUCCAGGAAAUACCAUGGUGACAGGACUUACCCUGCCAAGCCACUGCUGAGGACGGUGGAGGCCAGCCUGCCCCAUGACGCUGGCAGCUCCUCCAUCAUCAAGGAGAGACGUGCCCUGGGCAAUGCGGCAGGAAGCCCCCGCUCACUGGCAGGGCCCCCCCACCCAGCCAGUGCCUUCACACCCCCAUCCACAUUUAUCGCCAUGGCUAUGCCAGGGACUUCCCAGGGUGAAGAGGACAGGGUUGGUCCAGCUACCAGAGAUUACGUUGCCCUGGCAAUGAAGAGGAAGUCAGAUGGCAUCUUGUCCCAAUGCCAGCAACACAUCUGUCUGAACAGCUGUGAAGAGCGAAAGCUUGACGCUUCGCAAGAGACGGAUGAUUUUGAGAGAGUUGAGAAAAAUUUUGGUCCUGGUGAAAUGGAAAGAGCAGAGAAGAUAGAGCAGCUGGAGAGGAUGGUGUUGGACCUCCAACAGGAUGUCCUCUCUCUGAAGAAGAAGGUGCAGAGGCUGGAAUCCCUGUCCUUCCAGGAGGAACCCCACCGGCAGCCAUGCGAGGUGGUGGAGCUCUUCAAUGGCUACACCAAGGAACAGCUCAAAGAGACCAUCCGGUUUGACCAGAAAAUCAGCACUGCCUGCAAGACACUGCUCUACAAGCUCUUCACGUCUGACUACAUCCAAAGCCACUCCAUCACAGGGCGGAGGGGCAAUACUUUCCGAGAGGCGAAGCCCAUGAUGGAUGAACGCUGCAUCAAAAUCAUUAGGGUGCUGUUGAAACAGAAAUUUGGAGAUCACCUCAGUGACACAGUGAUCACGGAGAAGAUACAAAACGUGCAGAAAGCCCUGAGGCAGAAGUUUAAGACAGAAUGUCUCUGAUGCAUGGGGGACUUGAUGUCUCUUCCUACCAUGCUCAUUGAUGUACCUGAGGAACCCUCCCAGAAAAGACGAGUACCAUCUGCUGCUGUUCAGCUGAUUCCCCCCAAAGGAGCCAACCCAAGUGAACCGCGUGCUAAACACAACACAAACUUUUCACUGCCAAACAAACCUCUGCCUGCGUUAAUCGAGCGGGAAGUUUGCCCAGCUUGGCUAGGUUUUUGCACAUCUGCUAGCACUUGACAAGUUCCUUUCCAUCCAGUCUGUGCGCAAACCUCACUGUGGGGUGCCUGUAAUGAUCUCUGGGCCUUUUUGAUGGACAUACUCAGAAGUUUGAGGGUUCCCGUUGGGUCCAAUACGGGUCAGUAAGUCAGCUUUGUUCCACCUUGCAGUGGGUUAGGGAGAAAGACUGGCUCUGGGGUAGGGAGUCCAGCUGCAGGUGGACUUUGUGUCACCCAACACAGCUUCUCUCUGCAUGCCUGUGGUUGCUUCCUUCUGCCUGUGGGACAGUAUUUGCUCUCUUUGCUCCCAGUGAAUGUGUUUUACAAUUUCUUGCAAUAACAGAA